AUGAAUCAAUCGAAAUUGAGCUUCGCAUUGGACGGGAAGACUCUCGCCUCGGGGUCCCGGGACGGGAGCGUACGAGUAUGGGACGUAGAGACAGGCGCCUGCCGUCACGUCCUCACAGGUCACGAAGGUGAGGUUACAGCCGUGAGCAUGGGAGGAGACGGGAAGACUCUCGCCUCGGGGUCCUGGGACGGGAGCGUACGAGUAUGGGACGUAGAGACAGGCGCCUGCCGUCAGGUUCUCACAGGUCAUGAACGUGAGGUUACAGCCGUGAGCAUGGGAGGAGACGGGAAGACUCUCGCCUCGGGGUCCGGGGACGGGAGCGUACGAGUAUGGGACGUAGAGACAGGCACCUGCCGUCACGUCCUCACAGAUCAUGAACGUGAGGUUACAGCCGUGAGCAUGGGAGGAGACGGGAAGACUCUCGCCUCGGGGUCCGGGGACAGGAGCGUACGAGUAUGGGACGUAGAGACAGGCACCUGCCGUCAGGUUCUCACAGGUCACGAACGUGAGGUUACAGCCGUGAGCAUGGGAGGAGACGGGAAGACUCUCGCCUCGGGGUCCGGGGACAGGAGCGUACGAGUAUGGGACGUAGAGACAGGCGCCUGCCGUCAGGUUCUCACAGGUCACGAAGGUGAUGUUACAGCCGUGAGCAUGGGAGGAGACGGGAAGACUCUCGCCUCGGGGUCCUGGGACAGGAGCGUACGAGUAUGGGACGUAGAGACAGGCGCCUGCAAACAAGUUCUCACAGGUCAAGAACGUGUGGUUACUGGCGUGAGCAUGGGAGAAGAUGGGAAGACUCUCGCCUCGGGGUCCUGGGACGGGAGCGUACGAGUAUGGGACGUAGAGACAGGCGCCUGCCGUCACGUCCUCACAGGUCACAAAGGUUUGGUUACAGCCGUGAGCAUGGGAGGAGACGGGAAGACUCUCGCCUCGGGGUCCUGGGACAGGAGCGUACGAGUAUGGGACGUAGAGACAGGCGCCUGCCGUCACGUCCUCACAGAUCAUGAACGUGAGGUUACAGCCGUGAGCAUGGGAGGAGACGGGAAGACUCUCGCCUCGGGGUCCUGGGACAGGAGCGUACGAGUAUGGGACGUAGAGACAGGCACCUGCCGUCACGUCCUCACAGGUCACAAAGGUGAUGUUACAGCCGUGAGCAUGGGAGGAGACGGGAAGACUCUCGCCUCGGGGUCCCGGGACAGGAGCGUACGAGUAUGGGACGUAGAGACAGGCACCUGCCGUCACGUCCUCACAGGUCACGAAGGUGAUGUUACAGCCGUGAGCAUGGGAGGAGACGGGAAGACUCUCGCCUCGGGGUCCCAGGACGGGAGCGUACGAGUAUGGGACGUAGAGACAGGCACCUACCGUCAGGUUCUCACAGGUCAUGAACGUGAGGUUACAGCCGUGAGCAUGGGAGGAGACGGGAAGACUCUCGCCUCGGCUGACUCUCACUCCUGUUGGGUCUGGUCUCUCGCAGACGACGGCAACUGCUGGCUUCUCCGACAUGACCGCAGCUCCUUCGAGCGAUCUCUGCAGUGUUUUGGGGCUCAGAUCGCGCAGGAAGGUCUGCCUCAGAAUGUCAGGCAGCUUUUCGAGGCCAAGGGAGCUGUCGUGAUGGAGGCCUCGCCUGCGGUGACAGAGCGUGCGCAGCAGGCUCUGUCACCGCAAGCCUCCUGGUGGAGGCGGCUCCGGAGAAUUUUCAGUUUUUGAAACAACAAGAUAGGUGAAACAACAAGACAGCUGAAACAACAAGACAGGUAAGUUUUGAAAAUCUUCACCUGUCUUGUUGAAGUUUAGUAGCCUUAUAAUACAAGUUCAAUCAUGUUUUC